CGACAAUUUGGAGCAUCGUGGGCCGGUGUGCGCCCGCGCCGACCGCCGGUAUGCCUGAAAGUGCGUUAUUUAUUUAUUUUUAUCUACAACCUGAACCGCGCUUCUCACCUUAGUAUCAAUUAGACUUCGUUAGAAGACACCGCGACCUCGCCCUCGGAUGACACUCAAUGCGGCACUCGUUGCUCUCUCGCCCCAUGGAUUUCGGUUGCAACGACAAGGAUUCAGGCGAAGUGGAGUGCUACCUCGAAAUACGUAAAUAAAACUUUUCACUAAACGAUAUUGACGACGACGCCGAUUUAUCAGCUUUCGCAUUGUUGUUUCGGAACAUUGUAAUUGAUAUUUUUAGUUGGAAUCGGUAUGUUUUUGGGUCGUGUAAACAUUCGUGCUCUUCUGUCAGUAAGUUAGUCCGUAUGUCAGCGCAGUCUGUGAUUGUUGGUCGGGUUAAACACUGUUUUAUGAGGUGUUGUUAUUGUUUUACUUUGUGGGGGUUUAUUUUGUUGAAAAUGCGGACGGAGUUGAGAUCCGUAAGCACUCGGCGGGACAACAUACCGAGCCGUGAGUACACGAACUCGAGUGCUUCCUACGUUACUGUGUGGUUGAACUUACUGAACUCUAAUUUUGUGCAUUUGAAUAUUUUAGAUUGCGAUACGGGUACCUCUUGUGCUAUCACGAUACACAUGCCAAACCCGGAGGCUGUGGGAUGUGUGGAGAGGUUUGCCACCUUUCUCUCAUUCCUUUUGGUUGUCAUCACCUUCCCGUUCUCAUUGUUUGAGUGUUUUAAGGUAGUUCAAGAGUUCGAGCGCGCUGUGAUCUUCCGUCUGGGCAGACUGAGGAAAGGAGGCGCCAGGGGACCUGGUCUCUUCUUUGUACUGCCCUGCAUCGAUACAUAUCGGAAGGUCGACCUUCGAACUGUCUCGUUUGAUGUGCCACCACAAGAGGUCUUAACACGAGAUUCAGUGACAGUAGCAGUGGACGCAGUCGUGUACUACAGGAUCAAGGAACCACUCAACGCAGUGGUCCGUGUAGCUGAUUACAGUGCAUCAACCCGCCUCUUGGCCGCAACUACUUUAAGAAACGUGCUGGGUAUGCGAGACCUGGCGCAACUGCUGUCAGACCGGGAAGCCAUCAGCCACAUGAUGCAAGCCAACUUGGAUGAAGCCACCGACCCUUGGGGUGUGGAGGUGGAGAGAGUGGAAAUAAAAGACGUCCGAUUACCAGUGCAGCUUCAGAGGGCGAUGGCAGCUGAAGCGGAGGCUGAUCGCGAGGCUCGAGCCAAGAUCAUCGCUGCUGAAGGAGAAAUCAAGGCGUCCAAAGCUUUGAGAGAAGCCUCGCUUGUAAUGAUUGAUAACCCAAUGGCUUUGCAGCUCCGUUAUCUUCAGUCGCUCAACACAAUAUCUGCGGAGAAAAACUCUACCAUCAUUUUUCCGUUCCCAUUGGACUUCUUAAGGACCUUCCUCGGUGGUGGCGGUAGUUGUGGUGGGGGUGCCGGCCCGAGUAGUUCUGUAUUGCCUCUUUAAAAAAUCCGGCCAAAUCAUUCAUCAGAAAAACAUCGUCAAAAAAGAAAAAGCUAUUAGAUAAUUAAGUAAUUUCAGUAUUUUGAGACAAUUUAUUCAUUAUAGCAUAACUUUAAAUAAGAAAAAUAAGAUAAGAUUGUCAUCCGAAUACUUGAUCAAAGUCCGAAUACUUAACAAAAAUGUUAGGUCUAUAGUCGUAGCUUGACUUGCUAUACUUACAUAAGUUUCUAUCUGUGGUGUCUAGUCAAACCUUUUUAAAAUAAAGAUUUAAUUAUUUAUUAUCUACUGUU